AAGCGCCUGACCACACCGAAUCGACCUUGAACUUGUCAGUACAAUUUGACAGCAAAACAGUUUUCGGAAGUAUUUUUCGAUAUCAUGCUAUAUUGGAUGCCUUUUUCUCAUUAACGACCAUGUAGAAUUCUGUCAGCUGUAAUCAACUGCUGUUGACAAUAUGAGUUGGUUCAACAAGAUAAGGAGUGAUUCCCGUACGUCAUCCGAUGUAGGAAGUGAAGGGUCUGCUGAACGCAGAUCGCGACGAGACACAGACCCAGGGACAUGUCUUGAAGUUUUCCAAAACCACUGGCAUCAGGCUUACAAAAUCAUUGAGCGAGAUGUUGAAAAUGCUGAAAAAUCAACUGAUGAUGAGAUUAAUGCAGUGAGUCACAAUUUCGAACAGAUGGUGACUUUACUUGCAGAAGAAGAUGGUGAGGAUGGACAAGGAAUGCCUGGGCCUAUUCUGCAUUUUCUUCUUGAACAAGAAAUACUGGAGAAAUUUUGUGGAUGGUGCCAUAGAUACCAUACUGCCAGAGACAACCUUGUAAAUGAAGAGUUACGCAUGUUUGAAACUCUGAUUAGCCAGUCACACCAACUUCUUUUAAUCCAUAAGCCAGUCAUUAGACCAUUAUUAAAUCUACUUGCAUAUUGCUCGGAUGGUUACACCACACCAGGAGUAGAAGAAAACAUGGUACUGGUUCUGCAUCAGUUAUGUGUUUGUAUUUCAAAAGAGAGAGUCAUUCUAGAAAGCUUCUUCAACAUGAAUGCAGACCAUGGGGCGGCAAAGUUCUUGAUAUUUUCCUUGUUGAUUCCCUUCAUACACAGGGAAGGCAAGGUUGGACAGCAAGCCAGGGAUGCCCUCCUGUUGAUUAUGACAUUGUCAGCUAAAUACCCAUACAUUGGCCAAUACAUUGCAGACAACUCUGAUUUUUGCCCAGUGUUGGCGACAGGUCUAAGCGGUUUGUACUCUGAUCUGCCCCGUAAGAUAGUGAUCCCCAGGGAGGACUGGUGUCAGAUGACAGACGAGGAUGUCCAGAGGAUGCCAACGAUGGCCAUGUUCCUAAACUCUCUAGAGUUCUGUAAUGCUGUUGCACAGAUCGCCCACCCGCUCGUCCGAGACCAGCUCAUCAAGUUCAUAUACAACGGUUUCCUAGUGCCUGUUCUUGGUCCCGCCCUUCAUCAGGACAUUUCGGGGUUACCUACCCCGCUUCUUGAUUCACCUAUGUUUUCGAAUUCCCGUGAGGAAGUGAUUACUGCCACAGCGUACCUUGACCUGUUUCUACGGAAGAUCUCAGAGCCAAGUCUCGUGCGUGCCUUCCUGGCGUUUAUCUUUACGGAGAGAAACGAUGAGAUUGUCAUUCUCGACUCACUCGUCACACGCAUCAACAGCAGCUCCAAGUUGUGCCUGGUUUCCCUGUCACUGUUUCAUACGCUGGUGGACCUGAACUGUGAGGAUGUCAUGUUUGACCUCGUCUUCAAGUACCUGAUUCCGUGCCGGCACGUUAUGGUGAGUCAGCGUCGUGCGGUGAAGGACCAGGAUAUCUACUGUAAGAGUGCAGAGAAGUUUCUCUCGUUAAGGCCCACCUGCUGCCUCCCCGAGAUAGACAGUCCUAAACACAGAUUGAAAACAAUUACUUUGAAUGGUGUGUGUGACAUGCCUACUAACAUGCCCAAACCACCUAGCAAGCCCGGUAGAAAACUGUUCCGGUCAAAACGGGACAAGACACUAACACAAAACCAUGUCAGUGACCCUUCUCAGGACAAAGUCAACACUGCCUUUCCACCCGGUACAUUUGGAAGCAAGCUAGAGGAUUUUGAGACCAGUUAUCUGGAAUACUUGGCCGAUGCCCACCUUCGUGUUCUGAAGUGUUCCCAGGCUUGCCACUCAUGGCAAUAUCCGUAUGAUGGUGACGACCCACCAUUCACCAGUUUUGAUGUUGACCCCAGUAACCAGUCUAUAGAACUGUCUAAAGAUUUCACUGAUUCUGUUUCUAACAAGACAGAUGAGAGCAAGUUCGCAUCAACUGAUGCAGAAAAUGUCAGUAGUUUAGAAAGAACCGAUGGUGUAGAAAAUAACUCAAAUGUUGUUCCCAGAAGCUGUGAUAAUAGUGAUUUUAGCAUAGUGGAUAGUGCAAUAGUUAAAACUGAUAUUGGAGAUGAUGAUAUUAGCUUAACAUAUGAAAGGGCCAGUAAGAGAGGACGAUUCACUUCUGAUGAAGACUUCAUUACAAUGCUUGAAGAAAGUGCUAUCCCUCAAGACAAGUCGGCAAAUGUUGAAGAUAGCUUGAAAAACUUAGAGUCAGUUUUAACUACUGUUUCACAAACAAUGUCUAUCUCUUGUACAUCAACACCAAGAAAGGAUCGCAGUUUAGAUGGAGAAUCGAUGGUGCUAGGUGCUGAAGGUGAGAUGAGCUCUGUGUAUUUCGAUUGUGAGACCUCCCAUGCAGACGACAGCGCGGCGUUCAAAUCCAUUGACGACACUUCAUUUGAUGUCAUUGAUGAUCCCACUAGACAAAAAACUACAAACGCUACAGAAUUUGAAAUUGUUGAUACUCAGAUUACCCAAAGUUCAAAUAAAACAAAAGCAGAACAAAGUAGUAAGCCCAGUGAUAUCACUUCAUUUAUUGACAUAUCUUCUGCUGCCCAGAAUUCUGACACAGAAAAGUUGAAUUCAGACACAGACUCUAUGGAAGUCAGCGUACACCAUUUUGGAACAGAAAUACCAAAAUCUUUGCAACCAGUUAGUGGCAUAUUGGUUACCAAGGCGACAGAAGAAGAAAAAGUUGAUGGUCAGACAGGAACUAAGGGAGACAAGUCUGUAAGAUUUUCAGAGACAACUCAGGUGCAGACAAUAGGCUCUGCAAAGUUGUCAUUCAGCAUCGGCCUAAAUCCAUCAGUGAGAGGUGUAGGAACACCAAACAUUGGGCCAUUCCUGACAGCUGUGCUUCUCAAGUUGGAGAGUAUGAUGCAGAACACCCUGCCGGUGAACCUGAUGUUGACGGGUCUCAUCUCUCGUUUGGCUGUGUACAGUCAGCCACUGCUACGAUCCUUUCUCCUUAACCACAAUCUUGUGUUCCAGCCUACCGUCAAGUCACUUGUACAGGUGUUGACAUCAAUACGCCAGAGAGUUGACCACUACUCCUAUACCAUACAGAACUUUGAGGCUCUGUUGUUGCGAGCCCGAAGGACGCUUGCCCAUCGAGAGGGGAACCUCCCAGAGAGAGCCCACUCUCAAACCCCAAGCCCAGAACUCAACACGAAAUUACGGGCUUCUACUGCCGCUGAAAUGCCAUCAAAAGAAAAAAGACACCGCACUCUGACUGAGCUCCUGUUCCGUCGUAAUACACGGGACAAGAAGUCGUUACCCAGCCCAAAUGGAAAUGGGAACAAACUGGAGUUAUUAACAGGCAACCGAGGCAUGCGUUACAUCCACAGACGACCAGACGAAAAUCCCGCCAGCUACGGGGAGUCAUUGAAGACGAGGAACGCAGUUUAUUGCGCCAUCGUGCUUGAAGAGUUUGUGAAAGAGCUGGCUUCUCUAACCCAGGAACACUCAAUACUGUUACAUGAGGAUGAGGAGUUGUGACAUGCUGGGCUAGGAAGGCAGAAAAAUGUAUCAUUUAUCAAUAUUUGCUAAAUUCAAAGAACACUUUGUACUUUAUAUUAGAUUGCUAUAAGGGCCUGCCUGUUUUGGGUUAUUUAUUCAUGGUUUUAAAGAGAAUGGAUUGGAGUAGCAAUUCACUUGAUACUUCUUACAUAUUACCAACUUUUAAUGGCAUAAGCGAUUGUUAAGUAACGACUGAUUAAUUUCUAAAUAAUAUUAUAUGAAUAAAACUUCAUUGCUCCUUUUUUAAAAAUUAUUAAUUUCAUUUAUUUAAAAUAAUUAAGUUUUAAAAAAAAUCUGGAAAAUUGGCAAUAUUUUUUAGUAUUUGCUUUUUUAGGUUAUUUUUAGUUAGUUUAUAGCUUCGUGAAGAGUUCCUCACAUGUACCUAAAUAUGGCUAUUUCAAGAGACAAGGUUAUAUUUUAUGUUGUUAUUGUAUUUUAAUAAAUUACCUCAUGCUUAUUUAUAAGAGCACUGCUUUACACUUCCGUUCAUAUGUUUUACUGCAAUUGAAAGUUUAUAUAUUUUAAUGCUAUCUACAGUUUGUAUCUUCAUUUUGACAUUCAUUUUAGGCUUUUAGCCAAGGAUGAAAUUAAGCUGAAAUUGGGCUUUGCUUUAAGUAACUUUAAGUACCUGUCUAUGUUUUAUCUUUCUAAAAUCUUACUUUAAAAACAUGAUAAAUUCUAGUUAUUUUGUCAUACUUUAUAAUUAUGAAAAUUUAUAGGUUUAUUUAAAGCCCCUUGUUAAGCAGAAAAUGGAAAUAUUGACAUCCUGUUCUUAUUUGGAAGUACUCUAUGUUUCAUUUAUUUGCAAUAAGAAAUGUACGAGUAACAUUUUUUUGAUUUUACAUUUUAUUCAUUUAAGUUAGCAGUAAGUAUUCAGAUGACAUGGACUUAUAUAAUGGUAAGCAGCCUAGCUCUUCAAACAAAACAUGGAUUUGUAUCUCGAGUUGCUUAAGUUCUGGACCAAGUUUCAAUAAAACAUCUUAGGCUUCUUAGCUGUAAAUCUUGCGCUGCGUAAGAGUGCUCAGGUAUGCCUGUAAUGUUAUGGGCCGAAUCAAUGCCAUAAAUAACAUUCAAGAAAUCGGACUACACGCUAUAAAUGUCCUUAAGAUAUUUUUUAUUGAAAGGCAGUUUACGUAAAAAACGUUGUUACGCAUGUAGAUUUACGUACUUAAGUUUUACAAUCUUUAUUGAAAUGAGGGGCUGUGAAAUUUUGGGCAUUUUAUGUUUUAACCAUACCAUAAAACUUGUGAGUGCUUUGUUUCAACAAAGAUUAAAAAAUAUUUUAUUUUCCAAUUUUAAGUCUGUUGAAUAAACAUCAAAGGGUUCUUUAUAAUUCUGUUUGAACUGAUAAUAUGUACUUGUUGCCCUGCCUUUAGUAAUUGCAUACUGUGGCCAAUAGUCAUUAAAUGUACAGUGUGUAUUUUAUGUCGUUCAUUUAGUUCUGAUAGUUUUUAGACAUUUAUGAGCAAAAUGCCUUACUUAUAUAUAUUCAAUAACUAUUUUAAAUGCUUUAUACGUUAUCUUAGGUUAUUUUGUUUCGCUUGACAUUACUGUUUACAUUUCAGCUUAUGAUUUUAAAUUGAUAUUCAUAUUAUGGGCACAUGUUUUUAGCAAUGAAAUGAGUUGAAAUUUGAUUCUUCAAAUAUUUGUCACAAUGAUGUGGUGUAAGAAAGAAACGAGGGCUCUUCUUCAUAUAACACAAUGAUUUACCCUCUUUCAUAAAAGUAUUGUUUUUCUUAUGAAUGUUUAAAUAAUUUGGCUGCUCAGUAUACCAAUAUCUCUAAAAUCCAUUACAGGGAAAUUAACAUAUAAUUUUAUGAAUUAUUUGACAUUUAUUAUGGUAGGUUUUAACAGGUUUUUUGGUACUAACAUUUUAUACCCCCUUAAAGAUUAUCUGUGACAUUAUUCAUAAUACAACUUAAGUACUUUUUUUUUUAUCUUAAAACAAAUUCCUAUGUUUUUCAUACUCAAUUUUUAAAAGAAUUGCAAGCGUGUUUUUUUUCGUUGUUUAUUUCAUAAAACUAAUGAGAAUUAAGUAUUUUAGAUAUUAACAAGUUUUUAUACCAUAUGACCAGCGAUAUUCUUAACUUAAGAAAAAAUGACUUAAGAUGUUUUAUGAAUACCUGUCUUGGGGGGCUAUAUAGGAAUUGUGUUUGUCCCAUUGUAACCCUGGAAACCUCAUAGGAAUGUUGGUCAGCAAGGGUUGUUGUGUUCCUGCAAUUUGUUUGACAUGUCAAUCUGUUGAACAAUAGUUAUGGACAUUGAAAGAUGGUAAACAUGGUCUGCAAAUUAUUGUGUUGCAUUUAACUCCAAAAAUAUUGCACCUACAGUCAUGAAACUUCAUAGAAAUGUUGGCCAGCACGGGCAGUUGUGAACAUGCAUUUUGUUUGACAUUUCUCUUUUCUCUUGAAGAAGUAAAAAUGGUCCGAAAAUAUUGUGCCGCAUAAAGCCCAAAAAGUAUUACAAACCUACUUUCAUGAAACUUCAUAGAAAUGUUGGCCAGCACGGGCAGUUGUGAACAUGCAUUUUGUUUGACAUUUCACUUUUCUCUUGAAGAAGUAAAAAUGGUCAGAAAAUAUUGUGCCGCAUAAAGCCCAAAAAGUAUUACAAACCUACUUUCAUGAAACUUCAUAGGAAUGUUGGUCAGGAUAGGCAGUUGUGAACAUGCAUUUUGUUUGACAUUUCACUUUUCUCUUGAAGAAGUAAAAAUGGUCAGAAAAUAUUGUGCCGCAUAAAGCCCAAAAAGUAUUACAAACCUACUUUCAUGAAACUUCAUAGGAAUGUUGGCCAGGAUAGGCAGUUGUGAACAUGCAUUUUGUUUGACAUUUCACUUGGCCAUUGAAGUUGGUCUGCAAAAUAUUUUAUCACAUAAAUUGUAUUUGACCAAUGCUCUUGAAACUUCAAAGGAAUGUUGGUCAGUUUUAUAAUGCACAUGCCCGUGCUAUUAAUUCCAAAAUAUGACAACCAUCCCUGUGUCCAGGUGGUGUCUGGGAAGAAUGUGUCUUGGGUAUUCAUCGCUUCAGGGACAGCUUUAGUUUUCAUUUUUUUGUUAUACAGCCUAUGUUUAUUUGAUUUCUUGCCAGUAAUGCAUUGUUGCCUUAAGCUCAGGUUUAAAUCUUAAAACUAUGGUUCUGCUUGAAACAGUUUGCCCUAUCUAUCUUUUAUGUUCUCAAGACAUUAGGCCGAUUGUUCAGAACGUUGUGCAAGUUAACGUUGUUAAUGUCUUCGUUGUUAACUUUCAAACAUGUGGUGUUCUGAAAGAUUAAUGGAUAUACUUGUAAUGUGCAGUAUGUGAGACAACUCUUUAAGCUGUACUUCUUUUAUUUAGAUCUAUUAGCACAUUAUCAAGUAUUUCAAAUUUAAAAUUGUGAACUGUAACAAUGUUCUGAACUAUCGCCAGAUUGUCCUUAUUGCAAUUGGUAGAAAAAUUUAAUGUUGCUUUGAAAGUAAAUUAACAAGUUUUGAUGUGCACAAUGAAGUAUUGUGAAAGUCCCUAUGAAUAAAUGAAAUAACCAUACAUAUCACUUGCACUGAUUUAUGCACAUAACUGGCAGCAAAUGUCGCAGCCCUGCACUGAAUGUAUUCAAUGUAUAACUUAUAUUACUAUAUGUCAUUACUCAUUAAGCUUGUAAGAAACCCCAUUUUGAACUAGGAAAAAAGUAAAAAAACAUUUUGACACUUUUUAUGUUGUCUUUUUUAAUCAUGUUCUAUUGAAAAUGUAGGCAAGUCGUGCAAUUUGUAUAAAUUUAUUUGGAGUAUUUUAGGUUGUUUUUCAGGGUUUCAGGCACACAUUUUUCCAUUUAUGGACUUGAAUGUUACUGCCAUGUUUGUCUUUAAUCAGCUUUUAUUAAGGCUGUUUCACAUUUCUUCCCCCAAUUUGUUUUACAUUCUUUGUUUUAUUUUAAUUAAUUACACGUUCAAACAUCAUCAUGAUGACUAAAAUCAACAUUACUAAAAAUCUUUCCAAAUGUUACAUAUUUCAAAGUUUAAUCAUAUCUUUUAAAGGUUGUGUGGUACCUGUUUGUGCUUCCAAACUCUUAAGAUAGUGCAACCCCUUUACGCCAGCGAUGGACUUAAUUGGGUUGCGCUACCUUCAACUCAUUGCUUAAUAAAUGAAGUUCGGGGGCAGUAUUCAUAAAGCAUCUCAAGUUAUUUCCUUACUUAAGUCACUUUCUUAUUUGGGUAUCUAUUUAGUCAUAUGAAAUAAAAACUUAAAAAUUUCAAAAUACAUUCUUUUCAUUGACCUUAUUCAAACAAAAUACUUAAAUGUAAAAAUACAUUUCUUUUCUUUUAAUUUGACUAUGAAAAUAUUAAUAAGUCGAAAUUAAGUUGGAAAAUUACUUAAGAUGCUUUAUGAAUACAUCCCCGGAUCUAUUCAUGGAUCUAUUCACGGAUCUAUUCACGAUACAUGCAUGUUUUUGGCGUCAUGUAUUUUGUCCCACGUUCCGGCUUAACGAGCUUUGUUUUAUGUAGACUUGUUACAUAUCAUCUUUACUAGUUAUUGUAUAUGCGUUUGUAUCCCUAGUCAAACACUAUAAGCCGCAAUAAACUUUCCACUAA